UGACACUCUAGGCUUCUCCUCCGUGUUGGGCAGCCUCCACGUUUCACCAUCGGAGCCAGAGUGGGUCUGGCGUCGGAUGAUACCGUACUCAUCGGCAGGGUCCGUUCAGUCCGUCACUUCCUUCCGGACAAGGAAAAGGUUUCCUGAUGGCUUCAUGAUCAUCCGACAGGGAGGUGACAGAUUCUCAUCAACAUCCAUUACCUCUCAACUUUCUCUGGGUCGUACAGCCCAAUCUGCUGGUGUCUCUGGCACUACGAAUCAUUCGAGGAGUGGAAUUGGCCAAUCCACUUCAUCAGGACUAGUGAGAUCCGGUCUCUUGGCGCUAAACACAACUUGUCUCCUUAAUAUCAUCAUCGGUCAAUCAGAUCCGUCCGCCAGCGCCGCACCACUGCAAUGGAAAGAACAAUUUGAAUGUCCUCCGGUCAAGGGUCAUGGCCAACGUCCUUUUGACUGGUUGGGUAGAAUCUGGGUCGCAUCGCUGGCCCCUGGAGCGGCGUUGGGGAGAAUGCAUGUCAAGUCUCCCCCCGAGGUAAUUAGUGGACACCCACUGAUCUACACCUCUUGUGGCUGAGUUGGGUGAAGGAGGAUCUCCCUUUUUUCCCCUGCAAUAUGCCUUUUUUCUCUCCUUGCAAGACCGAACCUCACUCUUGUUUGUGUCUGUAUGAUCUUAAUUUGGUUUUAAUUUUUUUUUCUUAUUGUUUAAUGUGAUCUUGUUAUUAUCCUUCUUUCCCCUCUCUAUUUCCCAGGCCAAUCUGAUAGAUAUCCUCGGGACUUCUUCCUUUUGUUAUUCAGUCACUCCUUUUUUUGUUGAUUUUUAAUCCCUCCUUUUCACUCCCACUCCGUGUGUAGACAUUCUUUUGACCGUGGAUUGGACACUGGAAUUCGUUUUCUCUCGUCGCGAUCUUUCAAAUCCGGUCGUUUUCUGUCCUUUGUGUAACGAGCCAGUGGGUUUGAUGGUU